CUGUCAAACCACAAGAAUUUGGCAGGUCUGCCCGCAGAUCCGAAUUGGUCACCACUGGAAAGCAAGUUGUGAUCAGGCGGGGUCGGCGAGUAAAUGACGAAUGUCGCCGACGUGGUAGAGCAGGUUGUCGGUAAGACAAAGAACCCCGCAAAUAAGCAUCAACACGACGUCGAGAGGAAGGGGGAUUGUGAGGGGGAGAAUGAACGAGCCUGCCGACGUCCCAAUAUGGACAACGAAGAUAAGGGAGGGUCAGCUCUCAGCCGGCAUGGGGAAGAGGAAGAAGAAGAAGAAGAAGAAGCAGAAGAAGACGAAGAAGGAGAAGAGGAAGAAGAAGAAGAAGAAGAAGAAGAAAAAAAAGAAGAAGAAGAAGGAGGAGGAGGAGGAGGAGGAGAUGACAAAGAAGAAGAGAUGCAGGCAAUGAGGGGGGAGAAGGAGAGGGAGGGGGAGAGGGAGAGGAAGGCAGAGGGGAAGCAGAAGGGGAAGGAGGGGGAGAAGAAGGGAGAGCAAUUGCGGCGUCUUCAUAUUGUCACCGCAACUGAGCGCUUUGAAUUACAGCUGAGAGGUAUUGACCAGCAGCUGCUCCAACCAGGUUGUCUCCACGAGAUGAGGUUACUAAAGGAAUCCGCAAUCUAUGCAGCAGCAAAUUUUCCAGGAAGUGAGGAAGGGGAGACGGUACUUAGGAGGGUUAGGACCUUACCCUCACAGCCAGAUGCCCAAAGUUCAGGGAGAAGAACAGAUGGACACACGUAUAUCAGGACAUACUCAACAAGAAGUUUCUCAACAAGGAGGUCAGCAGAAUCAAGCGGGGGGGAUGUGGCUCCUGCAAGAUCGUUCUCCACAGGGGUUACGGAUCGAGCUAUCACUGCUCCAGUACCCCUUCCUAAGGCUGUUUCUAAGGAGCUCCUUCUUGCUAAGAAUGAGACGAGGGCAUCAAAGCAUGACGAGAUACAGCCAGUUGAGGAGACUAUCAAUCAGAAGCGUCAACAACGCCCACAGGUGCUGACGCAUUUGAAGGUUUUGCUGGAAGAGCCUGUUGCAGAGAAAGAUGGGUCAACCAAAGGAGCAGAGAAGCUAAUGGACAAUGCCACUGAAAGGGUCAAAGAAGAUGAGCCAGUCGCAAGUUCAACCGGAAAACAUGCGGAGGAGUCGGAGGUGGCGGAGGAGCCGGCGGUGGCGGAUGCGCCACAGAUGCAGUCAGUGGCAACGGACUGCAAGGACCACUCGAAACUAAAAAGUGCGAGAAUGGCAUGCAAACGGCUCAUGCAAAUGAGGAAUGCGACUAUGGCAUCCAAUAUCAGACUGCGGAAAUUGAAAUGGGUUUUGCUUAGCCAUCGGCGCGUGCUAAUGUGGCAUAUAGGAAGUCUUAGGGAACGGAAUCAUGAGCUGCUUGAACGCAAUCAAGAGCUCGAGACAGUCCUUCAAGAGGUACUCCUACAGCAUGGAGAGGUCCCAAGACUUGAGGAGACACUGCGAAAUGCUGAAAGCACUCAUUUUCCCAUGGAGAACAAUGUCCUUGCACAUGUACAGCAUGGAAAACAGAACGUUGAUGAGAACAGGGCAAGUGGGGAGGAGGAGGAAGGUGGAGCUCGAGGUGGAGAAGAAGAAGAGGAAGGUGGAGCUCGAGGUGGAGAAGAAGAAGAGGAAGGUGAAGAAGGAGCAGACGACAGGGGGGGCAGAGGAGGUGGAGUUGAGUAUCGGGUAAGUUCUCGCGAAGGAGGAGCCUCAUUGGAACAGUACUUGGCUCUGAAGAAAAGGGGAUCUCGCCAGGGGGCAAGUGAAAGAGCUGUCCCCAAGGAGAGGCUUCGAGAGAGGGAAGUACUUUUGCAGGACCUUGUCAGUGCUGGAAGCAAGCUUGCUUAUGGGAAAGAGAGUGUAUCUGGCAGUUUUGUUCAUCAAAGGAUGCAGAUGAAGGCAGAAGCAGGUGAGGGCCAGUCAAUUUCAUGGAAGGAUUGGAAUGGGGCUCGAGGACUUCUGAAGUCGUUAUCGUUUCAGGAACGUCUACUCAAAAGCUCAGAAUCUUUCUCAGAAAAAGAAACAUCGACAUCAAGGACCGAGCGAAAGCAUAGGAGAGGGGGUUCACUCGAAUUCCCACAAGAGACAGAAAAGAUGCCAUUCAAAACACAGGAGGAGAUCUCACCAUCCACUUCUGAAAGAAAUGUUAACACCGUGCCAUCGGUCAGAUAUCGCAGUCAGGAAAUGGCUCGGGAUGAUCCUUUGUACAGAGAGGCGUCAGAAUGGACAGAGCUACGAUCGACAGAAGCCACAUCCGAUGACGGCUCCAUGCAGCUGGAGGACACUGAAGACGAGGAAGACUAUGCACUUGUUCAGAAGGAAAUUGAAUGGCUGAGAUCAUCUCGUGAAAGAGAUCUAACCGAGGUGAACCAGAGGAUAGCAGAUUUAGAGGUCCAACUGUCAGGGGCAAACACCCAGCGACUUGAGGCCUUUCGCGUUUUGAUGGCAAUGAAACUUCAAGCAGAGCAGCUGGCCAUCUUCCUCGCGAACACAACCUCCUCACCAAAGAGUUCUAUGUCUGACUCUGUCUUGAGAAGCACUCGAGCAAAGGCUCUAGAAUUGGUAACGUUGUUUCCUUCUCAGCACUCUCCUCUUCUUCUGGAGCAGCGUAGAAUGGGUUUCCUUUGGGUCUUUGACUCUGUCCAGGUUUUCCUGACUAGUGAUGGCGAGAAAAUAAAGUCACUUCUGGGAAGCUCUGAUUAAUUGAAGGAAAGUUAGGAAACUACGACAAAAACCAAUGCCAGCUAAAGGCACGGAGGCAAAGGCACAAGUUUCGCCGAAAGGUCUUUGAAAUCU